AUUGACGGGGCAAAUAAAAUAGUUAUAUAGUGAUCCAAGUCUUGCCAACACUAUGCCUAUAUAUGGGUUGUAAUUGUGAAGUUCAUAAUUAUUCAAGAGUUGAUUUAGCUUAUAGUUUUCAUAUAGUUAAAACCAACACAGCCAUGUCUCUCAUAUUGCUGCUUAUUGGAGUAUUAUUAUCUUCCACUGCAUUAGAAUUUACGGGUGCACAAUCGGUAGGUGUUUGCUAUGGAGGAAAUGGAAAUAAUCUACCAACAAAGAAAGCAGUGGUUGAUUUAUACAAAUCAAAAGGAAUCGGUAAAAUCCGUAUAUACAAUCCAGACGAAGGUAUACUCCAAGCCCUUAGAAGUUCAAACAUAGAAGUGAUCCUCGGUGUCCCAAACAACGUUCUCAAAUCACUCACAAAUGCUCAAACCGCCUCGGAUUGGGUCAACAAAUAUGUAAAAGCAUACUCAAUCGUCAAAAUCAAAUACAUUGCCGUUGGCAAUGAAGUUCACCCGGGUUCAGCCGAAUCAAGUUCAGUUCUUCCUGCAAUGCAAAACAUUCAAAAAGCAAUAUCUUCAGCAAAUUUACAAGGCCAAAUUAAAGUGUCUACCGCGAUAGACACAACACUAAUUGGAAAAUCUUACCCACCAAAAGACGGUGUUUUUAGUGACGCUGCAAGUGGUUACAUAAAGCCUAUUGUUAACUUCUUAGUUAGCAACGGUUCGCCACUUCUUGCUAAUGUGUACCCUUAUUUCGCGUAUGUAAAUAACCAACAAAGCAUUGGUCUUGACUAUGCUUUGUUUACAAAACAGGGAAAGAAUGAAGUUGGUUACCAAAACUUGUUUGAUGCAAUGUUGGAUUCAAUUUAUGCUGCUCUUGAGAAAGUAGGGGGUUCAAAUGUGAAGAUUGUUGUGUCUGAGAGUGGGUGGCCAUCUCAAGGUGGAACUGGAGCUAGUGCUGGAAAUGCAGGCACAUAUUAUGGGAAUUUGAUUAAACAUGUUAAAGGUGGAACUCCUAAGAGACCUAAUGGACCUAUUGAGACUUAUCUUUUUGCUAUGUUCGAUGAAAAUCAGAAGCCGGGUUCUGAAAUUGAGCGACACUUUGGUCUCUUUAGACCCGACAAAUCACCUAAAUAUCAAAUUAGUUUCAAUUGAAAAAUACAGGUGAUCGGCGAUUAUGUAUGUAUAAUAAUAAUAAUCAACUACAAUAAUAAACUCUUAUGGUUCAAGUUUUAGAUGUUUGUACCAUUGAAUAAUAAUAAUAUGUAUU